GUGCAAAGGGAGUUAUUUUUCCUCAUUUAGCAAGAGUUAGCAAAGUCCAUUGCAGCAGCGUGUUCGCAAGAAGAACUUACUUAUACGACUUCACAGAGGUUGCCAAUUUCUUCCUCAGUUUUAUAUGUGUGGCGUCUGACGGCGCGGGGUCUCCUCCCACUAGUACUUGAUGGUGCUUUACUUUAAGCUUCAGGCUCACUGCUGAUCCAGGUCUGCAAGAGAGAGCUUCUCUCAAGCCUGCUCCUCCGCAAAAUGUCUGUCAAAUUGAUUUUCGUUGUUCUCGGCGGGAUUGUUCUAAGUUUGGUGGAUAAUGCAAGGAUUUUGCCAAGAGUUAAAAGACAAAGCUUAAAAGUGAGGAUUACUGCAAAGGAUGACAGUAUUGUUCUGCAAUAUCUUAGCACCAGCCCCGUCAUCAAGCUUCAAGGCUAUGUUCUUGGACUCGGUGGUCGAUUCUCCAGGCAGAAUAUCACGCUCCCUGUCAAUGGGGAUCCAAUCGAAGUUGAUGUUGAGUUCAAUCCCAAGUAUCUUGUUGCAGUUCAUCCAGUGGCUGAGCAGAACAAAGCUGUCUUUGGGAAGAAAUGUAAAGGUCAUCUUGAUCUUCACAAGCCACCAAAGUUAACAAUAGAUCCUCGAACCCCUACCUCGGUGUUUCUGACAUGGGCGCCGCACAGUUUUAAAGAUAAAGGUUAUAAGGUUGGAAAGGAAUGUGAAAUUGAAAGGCAAUUCACUGUCCGGUACAGAGAAAAGGAGCGAGACAAGGAAUGGAAAUAUCAGUUUUGCCCAACAAGUGAAACAACAAUAAACAAUUUAAAACCAAACACUGUUUAUGAAUUUGGGAUACAAGUAACAAAAGCAAAAGAGGGUGGCAAUUGGAGCAAGCCCAAGACCUACACCACUACCGUGACUCCUCAACCGAGAAGCACCACAAAUGGCCAAAGUAAAAAUGAAUCAAAUAAACCUGAAGUGAACUUUAACAGUGGGAAUACCAAGCAUACAAGGAAACAUGGGCUAACAGAAAGAACUAAUGAUGGGAUGAGAAAAGUAAAGGGAUUGGGUGCACCUAGUUCAGCAAACAACAGAACAAACUGGACACUACUUUUACCCAAAGAGCCUGAUCUUAAUACAAAAGCAGUCAUAGGUGGCCAGUCAACUUCAAACAGUGCAGAUGUCCAUCCUGGGAAAAGUUCAUCACCAAAACCUGUUAUUACAAGUAAACCAGAGCACACUCGUGAUCGGUUGCAUGACAAGGAAGUCAUAAAAAAAGAGACUACAAACACUGUCUCUAAACCAGCACUGAAAAGGAGCAAAACAAGAAAAGCAAAUGACAAACCAGCAAUGAAGCCCUUGACAACUAAAGAAUCCAAGCUGUCAUCCUCAGCCACUCCAUCCUUCCCAUCAAAACCUAUGCUUAAUUCUGACAGAACAGAAAUUCAGUUCCCAGUUUUCCUCACUCCAAGCACAGCUUCUGAACAUGAUACCAUGGAUGAAUUCACAGAACCUGAGAUGCCAUCUUCUACUAAAAUGCCAUUCAAUAUAUUAAGAACAACUUCAGACCAUACUGAUGUGGGCAAUCAGGAACUUCCAGAAAUUGAGUUGCCAUCCUCCAGCAAUUCAUUUUUAAACCCUCCAGACACUCCAUCUGCAUUAGAUUCCAUGGGAACGAAGCAGUUCACAGAACCUGAGAUGCCACCUACAAGCAGUAAACUUUUCGAUCCAACAUCUGAACCUGAUGACAUGGAUACACAAACAUUCACAGAGCCUAAAAUACGAUACUCCAGCACCUCCUCUCUCAAUCCAGUUCCUGAAUCAGUUACUAUGGACACGGAGAUAUUACCAGAGCUUCCAUCCAGUACUAGUUCAUUUUCGUCCAGUUCAGAUAUGGUUUCCAAACCUGAUGUCGUGCACACAGAGUGGUUCACAGAACGUGUGGUUGAGCCCACCGCCAAUUCAUUUUUCACCACCUCAAAUACAAUUUAUGAAUUUGAUUCUCCACAACGGGAGCAGAUUUCAGUUCCAGAAUUUGGGAAACCAUUCUUGAGCAGUUCGCCUGUCAACUCUUUAGAAUCAUCUAAAAAUGAUGCAGUGGAACCAAAACAAUCCACAGAAUCAUCAUUCACCACAAGUAAAGCCUUCAUCACUUCAAAUCCAAUUACUGAUGCAGACAACAAAGUUCAACAGCCAUUUGCAGAUUAUGCACUACUAGAUUCUGACACUCCGAUUACUGUGUAUGAAGUUAAUAACCCUGAAGAGAAAGAAUCCACAGUGCCAGCCUUUGACACUUCUGAAGUGUUCACUUUAAAGUCAGACAAUGAGUUGGUGGCCUCCGACUCUUCACAUGUGUUCAAUCCAAUCACACAGACCACAGAUACUGAACCAACAGACUAUGUGCCAAUGUAUGACAUAAAUAAUGUGUCCACUUUAAUGACAGACCAUGAAAUUCCAGUUACUGACACCCCUAAUGUGAUCUAUCCAAUCCCAGAACCAGAAUCUGUUACGAUAAGUGAUAUCGAACCUGCAGACCAUGCCAUAUCAACCUUUCACACUCCUAAAACAAUUACUGUAAUAUCAGGCUCUAAGUUGCCAAACCCUGGCAUGUUCAAUCCAAUCACACAAUCUGAACGUCCUGAAGUUACAGGCUACAUGGAGCCAACCGCUGACGCUCCUAACAUGUUCAGAACAAGUUCAGGGACUAAAUCACAAAUCAUUGACACUCCUGUGUUCACUUCGAUCCCUGAAUCUGUACCAACUAAAAUACGAGUUACUGAAGUUACAGACCAUACAGUAUCAUCUUCUCAAACUCCUAAUGUGGUCACCUUAUUGCCAGGUCAUAAGCAGCCAGUGUCUGACUCUCCUCCACAUGUGUUGAAUCCAGCCAUAAAAUCUGAACCAGCUAAAAUAAGAUUUAGUGAAGUCACAGAAGACCAUGAAUUGUCAACUUCUCACACAGCUAAAGUGUUCACUUUAAUAUCUGGCCAUGAGCGGCAAGCCACAGACAUUCCCAGUGUGAUCAAUCCAAUCCCAGAACCUGAUCCUGCUAAGAUAGGAGAGGCAGAAUUUACAGAAGACCAUGAAUUGUCAACUUCUCACACAACUAAAGUGUACACAUUAAUAUCUGGCUAUGAACGGCAAGCUACAGACAUUCCCAGUGUGAUCAAUCCAAUCCCAGAACCUGAUCCUGCUAAGAUAGGAGAGGCAGAUGUUACAGAAGACCAUGAAUUGUCAACUUCUCACACAACUAAAAUGUUCACUUUAAUAUCUGGCUAUGAACGGCAAGCCACAGACAUUCCCAGUGUGAUCAAUCCAAUCCCCAAAUCCGAUCGUACUAAGAUAGUCGAGGCAGAUGUUACAGAAGACCAUGAAUUAUCAACUUCACACACAACUAAAGUGUUCACUUUAAUAUCUGGCUAUGAACGGCAAGCCACAGACAUUCCCAGUGUGAUCAAUCCAAUCCCAGAACCUGAUCAUACUAAUAUAGGAGAGACAGAUAUUACAGAAGACCAUGAAUUGUCAACUUCUCACACAACUAAAGUGUUCUCUUUUAUAUCUGGCUAUGAACGGCAAGCCACAGCCAUUCCCAGUGUGAUUAAUCCAAUCCCAGAACCCGAUCCUACUAACGCAGGAGAGGCAGAAUUUACAGAAGACCAUGAAUUGUCAACUUCUCACACAACUAAAGUGUUCUCUUUUAUAUCUGGCUAUGAACGGCAAGCCACAGCCAUUCCCAGUGUGAUUAAUCCAAUCCCAGAACCCGAUCCUACUAACGCAGGAGAGGCAGAAUUUACAGAAGACCAUGAAUUGUCAACUUCUCACACAACUAAAGUGUUCUCUUUUAUAUCUGGCUAUGAACGGCAAGCCACAGCCAUUCCCAGUGUGAUUAAUCCAAUCCCAGAACCCGAUCCUACUAACGCAGGAGAGGCAGAAUUUACAGAAGACCAUGAAUUGUCAACUUCUCACACAACUAAAGUGUUCUCUUUUAUAUCUGGCUAUGAACGGCAAGCCACAGCCAUUCCCAGUGUGAUUAAUCCAAUCCCAGAACCUGAUCCUACUAACGCAGGAGAGGCAGAAUUUACAGAAGACCAUGAAUUGUCAACUUCUCACACAACUACAGUGUUCUCUUUAAUAUCUGGCUAUGAACAGCAAGCCACAGACAUUCCCAGUGUGAUCAAUCCAAUCCCAGAACUUGAUCCUGCUAAGAGAGGAGAGGCAGAAUUUACAGAAGACCAUGAAUUGUCAACUUCUCACACAACUACAGUGUUCUCUUUAAUAUCUGGCUAUGAACAGCAAGCCACAGACAUUCCCAGUGUGAUCAAUCCAAUCCCAGAACUUGAUCCUGCUAAGAUAGGAGAGGCAGAAUUUACAGAAGACCAUGAAUUAUCAACUUUACACACGGCUAAAGUGUUCACUUUAAUAUCUGGUUAUGAACGGCAAGCCACAGACAUUCCCAGUGUGAUUAAUCCAAUCCCAGAACCCGAUCUUACUGAGAUAGGAGAGGCAGAUAUUACAGAAGACCAUGAAUUGUCAACUUCUCACACAACUACAGUGUUCUCUUUAAUAUCUGGCUAUGAACAGCAAGCCACAGACAUUCCCAGUGUGAUCAAUCCAAUUCCAGAACUUGAUCCUGCUAAGAUAGGAGAGGCAGAAUUUACAGAAAACCAUGAAUUAUCAACUUCUCACACAACUAAAGUGUUCACUUUAAUAUCUGGCUAUGAACGGCAAGCUACAGACAUUCCCAGUGUGAUCAAUCCAAUCCCAGAACCCGUUCCUACUAAUAUAGUGGAGACAGAUGUUACAGAAGACCAUGAAUUGUCAACUUCUCACACAACUACAGUGUUCUCUUUAAUAUCUGGCUAUGAACGGCAAGCCACAGACAUUCCCAGUGUGAUUAAUCCAAUCCCAGAACCUGAUCCUGCUAAGAUAGGAGAGGCAGAAUUUACAGAAGACCAUGAAUUAUCAACUGCUCAUACAACUAAAGUGUUCUCUUUUAUAUCUGGCUAUGAACGGCAAGCCACAGACAUUCCCAGUGUGAUCAAUCCAAUCCCACAACCUGACCCUACUAAGAUAGGAGAGGCAGAUGUUACAGACAUUAACGUACCUGUCACUGACAUUUCAAAUGUUCCAAAUGCACUCCACGCGUCUGACACUACUAAAAUAGAAGAUACAGAAAUAACAGACCAGGUGGUGCCAACCUCGGACACUAGUAACGUGUUUACUUUAAUGUUAAACCAUGAGCUGCCGGUUACUGAUGUGAUCGAUCCAAUCCUAGAAUCUCAACAAACUAGAAUGAGAGAUACAGAAGUUGCAGACCACUUGGUUUCAACUUCUCGCACUCCUAAAGUGCUUACUUUAAUAACAGGCCUAAAUCCUCUGGUUUCUGAUACUCCUAAUGUGAUCAAUCCAAUCCCAGAAACUGAGCGCGCUAAGAUAAAAGAAUUUGACGUUACAGACCAUGAGGUGCCAACUUCUAACAUGUUCAGUUUAAUCCCAGACUCUGAUCCACCAGCUACUGACAUUCCUAAUAUCCUCAAUCCCAUAACCAAGUCUGAAGACAUAGGAGAUAUUAAAGUUGCAGAUGAUGAGGUGCCAAGCUCAGAUAUUCCGUUUGUGGUCACAUUAAUGCCGAACUAUGUGCUGCCACUCACUGAUACUCCUAAUACGAUCAAUCCAAUCCCAGAACCUGAACUUGCUAAUGUAAAAGAUACUGAAGUUAAAGACCAUGAGGUGAAAAUCUCAGAAGCUACUACUAGCGUGUUCACUUUAAUGCCUGACGGUGGGCUGCCAGUCACAGAUAUUGCUAAUGUGAUCAAUCCAAUCCCAGAACCUGAGCAUGCUCAGAUAAGUGAUACUGAAGACCAUGAACCCUCAACAUCUAAGACUGCAAAAUUGUCUAAUCCAACCCAUGUUUAUAAUGCAGGAGAGAAAAAACAGACAGAACAUAAACUGCCAAUCUCUGACACUUCACAUGUGUUUAUUCCAACCCCUGUUUCUGAGAUUGACCACAUAGAAGACAAGAAAUUCACAGACCGUAACCUGACAAACUCUGGCACUUCUCAUGUAUUAGAUCAAUCCCCUAUAUCUGAACGUGGUAACACAGAAGACCAGGAAUUGAAAGCCCCUAUACCAACAAAUUCUGAAACUUCUCACUCGUUCAGUUCAACUCCUAAACUUGGUAAAAAAGAAGACAAGGAGAUCGCAGAUUAUACACAGCUAAAUUCUGGCACUUCACCAAAUAUAUUCAAUCAAGAACAAAGAUCUGCACUUGAUAACAUAGAGAACAAGGAUUUGGCAGACUAUAAGUUUUCCUCUUCUGACACUCCCAAUGUGUUCAGACCAACCCCAGUAUCUCAAGUGGGUAACAAUGGGAAAAAAGAUCACUCAGUAUCUGAUCCUCCAAAGGAUAGUUCGUCCAUCAUCACCUCCAAACCAGUGCAUAAAACUAAUGCCAAAGUGGACCGUACAGGUAAUGGAGCUGAGACAACAUCAACUGUUAUUCGAUCAUCCUCCAGUAGUUCUGGCACAACGCAAGACAAACCGCCUGUCUUCAGAUCAACCCCAGUAUCUAAUAUUGAUGGCCAGGGGCAAGAAAGAUUUAGAGGCACUCAUGUGAUAUAUUUGAAAAAUGUAACCAUGCCCUGCUCCAUUACUGAAUCACUGAAGCAUUUUCCAGAAGAAAACAAUACAAAUGCAAAAUUCUUAAAUGUUCCACGAUAUCCACCUUCAAAUGUUACAAUUGUGACCGUUGAAGGUUGUCCUACCUUUCUCAUAAUUGGCUGGAUGAACAAUGAAAAUGACACUGCAGAGUAUGAGGUUACAUCACAAAUGCAAGGUCCAGACAACAAAACAGAGAUACUUGUUACUGUUACCAAUCAAACCCACACUGCAGUGGAAAAUCUCAAACCAAACACUAGUUAUUCAUUUUCCGUGACGCCCACAAAUGUGCAUGGCAGAGGCCCACCCAGUGACCCAGUUCCUUUUGUUACAGAAUCCGCGGACCCCAGCGUAAGUGAAUACAUACCAGGGAAAGAUGCGAUCUGGACUCAGUACAAAUUCAAAUUCGAUUCAUAUUCAGAAUGUCAAGGGAAGCGAUUUGUUAAACGGACACGUUACAGGAAAUUUGUUGGCAUUGUUCUGUGUAAUUCUCUGAGAUACAAGAUUUACCUCAGUAACUCCCUCUCAGGCACUUUCUAUAACAUAGGAGAUCUAUCAGGACAUGGGGAAGAUCAUUGUCAGUUUGUGGACUCUUUCUUGGAUGGUAGAACAGGAGAACAUCUCCUUCCUGAACAGCUGCCAAUCAGACAAGGUUUUUAUCGAAGUGUUCGCCAGGAGCCAGUUAUGUUUGGCACAAUAGGUGGGCAAACACACAUCCACUACGUCCAUUGGUAUGAAUGUGGUAUAGCCAUACCUGGGCAAUGGUGAAUCAACUGCUACACAAGCAAUCAAGAAAAAGGAAAGACCAAAGGAACUGAGUUGUUAUAUUGUAUUGAUAUGGUUCCUUGUAUUCAAUGUAAGAUUCAAAUAGACCAUGUGAUUUAUGGAGUGUUAUUUUUAAGCCGCAUUAAAAUGCUUAAAUAAUGUGGUACAAAGUGAACUGUACCCAUUCCAAGGCACAUAAUUGAAGUUAUUCCACACCAAAAUGCCUUUCAAGUAAAUAACCACACAGAUGGGCAGUAAAGAGGGACAUCAACAAGAUAUUGAAGCAAUUUUCUAACCAGCUUUCACUUAUUAAAAAGGCCAGAUGAUAUAAAUAUGUGCUACUUUCAAAGUAGUUGUGGCCAUUGGAAAAGUGAUACAAACUUCUAAAUAUAUUAAAAUAAAUCAGUGCUCACUAUUGGCACAUAGUGCUGUAAAUAAACUGUAGCACUGCCCAGGAUUUUGGAAUCUUAAACAGGCUACUUAGUCAAUACGUCCUUCAGUUUGCUUUAUUUAUCAGAACAAACCCCCUAAUAUUUCUUUGAAAACACAAUUUUUGAUAUCGGGAAGCUGGCUCCCUAUACCAUCAGUUCUGAAUAUAAUUGUUUAAAUGUUAUUUAUCAGGAAUGUAUUUAAAAACAGAACAUAAAUUGUAAGUUCUAUUCAAAUUGUUGGAGAAGUUUUUUUUAAUUUAGAUGUAUUGUAACAAGUGAGCUUCAGGAAUGGAAUGGAAAAAAUUACUCUCAUUGUGUACCCUGAAGAGCAGACGAUUCAUGUACCAAAUGUACCCAAAUAAUUAUGUAGUUGAUGUGUUGCAUUGUUCAAAAGAUGUAUUGAAAGCAGGCACGUGUGGGAACAUGCCUUGUUUCUGCUCGUUUAGCUGAUUACCAUCUUAUUCUAUUCAGUACUGAACAAAACAUUUACAACCAGGAUAUGUUUUGCACAUCCAAUUUGUAAUUUUUUUUUGGUAAUGCAUGUAUAUAUAUAUCCACAUUAUGGUGAGCAUACCAGAAUGUACAUCCACAAAUAACCCCCUGGAACCAUCCAAUUACAAUAGUGCUCGCAGAAAUUGUAGGCUAACAAACAUACACACAUCCACUUAAUGAUGCUUACUACUGUUUCUCUUGCGGGUUUUCUUUCAGUAGUUUCAGAUACUUUAUUCCCUUGUAUUCUUAUGACAAAUGGAGAGGGGCAUUGCUAUAGUUUUUUUUUAAAAAGAUGUCUGCAAUUAGCAUUUACAUUGUAAGCAGCUUUGCUCGAGCACUUUUUUUACAUGCUUAAGGCUGAAUUACCCGCAUAGCUCACAAAGAUGCUCAGCACCAAACAUCUGAGUAUGCUCAUACUGGUGAGUUGACAUCUCCAAUCAAAUGUCUCAGCACAUGCAGUGAUGCUUAGCUGCCAGAUGUUUGGAUGCAUCCGAAUCCAAAUCCUUAAUUAUCAACAUUUAUCUCCUUUCCUUAGAGAUGUUUGCUCAUCUGUUCAUGCACAUCACAAAAGCAUUUCAUUAUUUUUUAAACAGUGUAGCAAGUAUUCUAAGAACUUAAUGGAAACACCAGACUACAUAAAAUCUAUAUGCCUGUUUAAAAGUUAAUAAUAAAUGGCUGUUCAUUGUGGUAGACUGGGGGGAAAUCUAGCACCAAAAGUCUAAAAUUGCCAGUUUUAGAUUGUCCAACCAGCCCGUCUAACAGGUAUCUAAUCAAGCUUUUGUAGAACAGAGUUGUAAAGCAUUUAUCCAGGUCCCAACAGAAUCCCCAUUAUUGCAAACUAGCAAACAAACAUAAUCUUCAAAAUACUCAAUUACCACAACUUUAAAAAAAACUCAAGCACCAUUUCUAAGAAUCCAUAUAAAAAGGUUCAUUGUCAACCUCUGCUCCAAAUUGCUAAAAGCACAGACAAAUUUGUAACCAACUCUCCACAUAACUGGUGUUCAGGUGCCAAACAUUAACAAAUGCUCAGACAUUUAGCUUUGUUGGCCUUGCAAUUUAUUCAAGAUUUGUGGUGGGUUUUGCCUCAUAUUCCAAUCACAAAUGAAUACUAUAGGUUAAGUAAUGCAUACUAAUAUAUAGUUUUUUUCCCCCCAUGUGACAUUGUUAGUAACAAAUUUAUUUGUAAAAUGAUGGCUGCAGUUUGUAUUUAGAUUGUCAGCAGCCUUACUUAUGCAGAGUUUUUGAUAAAUUUUGCAAGGCUGCUUGCAGCAGUCAUUAAUGCUGUCAUACUCUUGAGAAUAAAAUAUAAUUAAAAUGUAAAAUUUAACGUGAAA